AUGAUAAUCCAGGAAACAAUUGAACCUUAUGAGAAAGCUAUAGAUGUAAUCAAUUUAGGUGAUGGGGAAAAUAAGAAGGAGGUUAAGGUGGGCACAUCUCUUUCACCCAUAAAAAGAGGAAAGUUAAAAGAAUUACUUCAUGAGUUUGUUGAUUUGUUUAUAUGGUCAUACCAAGAUACGUCAAGACUUAGUUCAAAUAUUAUAGAACACCAAUUGUCGUUGAAGCUAAUAUGCAAGCUAGUAGCUAACAUAGUCCCAGUUCUCAAAAAGGAUGAAAAAGUUUGGAUAUGCAUGGACUAUAGAGAUUUGAAUAGGGCUAGCCUGAAAGAUAAUUUUUUUUUUUUGCGUCGUAUUGACACUUUUGUGGACAACACUGCUAAACACUCUAUAUUCUCUUUCAUGGAUAGUUUUUCAAGAUAUAACCAAAUUAAAAUGGCCCCUUCUGAUAUGGAAGAAACUACGGUUGUUACAAUCUGGGGCAUGUUCUGUUAUAAGGUUAUGCCUUUUGGAUUGAAGAAUGCAAGAGCUACUUAUCAAAGAGCAAUGGAAGUAAAGAGUUUUUUGAGAAUGUUGAAUUAUAUUUCCUAUUUUAUUUCUCAACUUACUUCUAAAUGUGACCCAAUUUUCAAGGAAACUAUUGAUUUUGUAUCUCAUCGUGCACAACCAUUCUAUGGGGUGUUGGGCAAUGAGAUAAAACAAUAUAUUUUUGAAAAACCAUCAUUGUUAAGAGCGAUCAAAGGAAGUGUGAUAGUUGAAUUCCUUACAGAGCGUGCAACUAAUGAACAUGAGCCUAUUAAGUUUAAUUUCCCUAAUGAAGAUUUGAUGAACAUUUCCCAAAUUGAAGAGGGUGAACUGAUAGAAAAGCCAUGGAAAAUGUUCUUUGAUAGAGCUUCAAAUGCUUUACGGCAUAGAAUUGGAGUAGUUUUGAUAUCCUUUAACUGA